ACCAUGACCAGCUCCUGGUCAUCCUCAGCAUCAGGUCACCCAAGAAGCAGUGGCAGGGGCUGGGUCAAAGGCUGGGUCCUCCACAGAGAUAAGGAACGAGGCAGUAGCGGGGACAAGGGAGUUUAGAUGAGGUCUGGGGCUGGAGCAGCCUUGAACCAGGACCGAAAAAUGGAUAGAACUGUAUUUUCCCUUCUUCCCCAACCCCAAGGUUGACCUGGAGCACACGAUUGGUCAAGCAGCUGCCAUGGGAGCCCAGGGAGUGGUGCUCUGGGGGGAGGCAGACUACGCCAGGAACCAGAGUACCUGCUUAAAGAUGCGCCAUUACCUGCUGAGCAGACUGGGCCCUUACGUGCUAAACGUGACCACGGCAGCUGCCCUCUGCAGCCGGACCCAGUGCAACGGGCACGGCCGCUGUCGCCGUCGCAUCCCCGACUCACCCACCUACCUGCACCUGGAGCCCAGCACCUUCCAGAUCCACGUGACCACGGCAGCCAACCACACCCAGGCUUCCAUUCGAGGCCGACUGGGUCCCAGGCAGCAGGAGGCCCUGGGCAGAGACUUUAUCUGUCACUGCUACCAGGGCUGGCAGGGGGACAGGUGCCAGGAAAGGAACCAGGCUGGGGAGGCACCAUCCUUGUCCCCGCCGCUUCUAGCUGCCAGCCUUGGGGGGCUCUGGGCAUGGACUCUGUGCCACAGUCACCUGCAGAAGUGGGGAGAAAUUCCUUCCCACCCUCUAAAAUAAGGUCUUCAAAGCUCAAGGUAGGAGGUGGCCCCUUGGAAAGAAUACUGAAGCUAUAGUCAAAAGACCUGGAUUUAAACUCUGCCUCUGAUGAUGACCAUGUGCAUGCCCGUGGGCAGGUCACUUACCUCCCUAAGUUAGGAGGUUGGACUACAGGGCCUCUCAGGCCCUAUCUAACCUCCAUCUAUGAUGCUGUAACCUUGGGCAUAUCAUUUCUCUCUGGUUUUUACUAUUAGAUAAGACCACAGUCUUAGGCCUCCAGGUCCCUUAGAGACCCACUAGUUCAACAUUGUUACAGAUGAGGUUACUGAAGCCAAGAGCUUAUAUCACUUGCCCAAGAUCAUAUAGCUAAGGUCCAUUCAAACUCUAAAAUCCCAUGGUCCUAUGACCCCAAGAGGCCAAGGGUCAGGCUAGAGCCUUUCAAACCAUACAGGACCCUAGGCCCACCCCACCAGCCCCACCGCUAGCUCUCCUCACCUUAUGCUCCCUGUCCACCCUCAAGGUCUCCUGACCACAGGAGGCCCUCCCUUUGUGGAAUGACACAGGAACACGUUCACACAAUGCCAGGCUCAUUGCUGGUAAGGAUUCCACACCAAUCUAUUUGUGUGUCCUCUGUUGUGCUGUGUCUGGCCCUCCAUUUCUGUGAUCAAUGGUGCUAGUGACCCCCAGGGGAGGGGGCAGCUUUAGAAACUUGGGGUGGGGGGAAGACUUCAGGCUGAGCUCCAUCAGUACCAAACCCAUCCCCACCCCCACAGGCCACUGGGGAGGCAUCUCAGAAACCUCCAAUAAAGUGUUUUCAGA